AUGUCUAAAGUUUCAAUCUUUCACACCACUGGAAUCAUUGUUGCUGAUUCUUCUAAGUUUGCUUUUAUCGACUCAAUUCCUGAAGCUAAGCUUCGUGAUGUGCCUCCUGCCAGCAAAGUUCUUAAAGGCUACUAUACUUUUCCUGCCUCAGAUUUUCGUACUUUAACUCCUGAAAUGCAGUCGAUUAUAGAUGAAGCAGAUAAACCCAAGAAAGGGGGUAACAAAGGGGGAAAUAAAGGGAGAAAAGAAAAGGAAGAUAUGGAAGUCGCUCCUAAAAAGAGAGAGUUGAAGAGAGCAGCUCGCAAGACUAAGUCCCCCACACCUUCUGAAAGUGAACAUUCACAAUCUGACACUCAGUCAAAUGUUCGUAAUGAGGAAGAACAACCAAUUUGCAAUGAAGAGGAGGAGCAAGUUCACAACGAAGAGGCUACAUCUCAUGCUGAGGUAACCCCUACUUACAACGAUUUCUUUCCAUCUCCUCCUUCUUCACCUGAACACACCACAACACCAAUUACCAUUGCACCCUGCCCUCCACAUAUUUCUUCUGAACAUCAAAGCAUCAUUCCCUAA